AUGGGGUAUCCCGUAGGCUAUGCCGACGUAUUUUUCUCCAACGCCUUUCUCCAUCUCCUCGUCUUUCUCGGCUAUAUUCGAAGCCUCAUUAUUUCGCUCUACCGAAUCCUAGGGCUUCCCGAUUUUCUCGAAUCCAGCGUCGUUUGGCCUCAAAAUCCAACCCCGAUCAUCGACGAUCAUUCCGUAUUGCCGAUCCGAAUCGAGGAAUUUUUCCCCAUGGUAAAAUUCUCCGACAUUUUCGACGCCGCCGGAGCCGGAUUUCCACCGGAAUGUUGCGCCGUUUGUCUCUGUGAGUUUCAGGACGACGAGGAGGUUAGGUUUUUGAAGAAUUGCAAACACAUUUUUCAUAAGGAGUGUUUGGACGGAUGGAUGAUUCGAGAUCAGAGAAGCUGUCCACUCUGUAGAACCCUGAUCGUGCCGGAGGAGUCGAUGCCGGCGCUCGUGGAUUUUGCCGGUUGUUCUGAGUUUUCCGGCGACUAUAGCUAA